UCCCUCUUGCCCUUCUUUCAUUAGAUAAUAAAUAAUUAAUUAAAAAUCCGAUGCUGCCACGCAAAAUCUUACCUCCUUAUAUUUCUCCACACAGCUCCCAAGAAGAAUAUGAUGUGAUCCCUUACCAAGGCUCACCUUUUGCACCAUUGGAAACGAAAUCACUUCUGCACGAACUGUGCCAACAGUUCUGCCGUUCCUCCCGUGAAGUGGCUGUUGAUAUUGCUGACAGUGUGGCCGAGAACCAUCUGGAACUCUUUUUAGAGCACGUAUUGGAAGUAGAUGGAAAGGAAUGUGUUGCACUAAUGGUUGGAGUCCUAGCCUCAUCAAACUGCAAUUUGGAUAAGGUGAUACACCUCUUGGUUUCUACAAUUAGUGGGAAACCUUGCUCUUUUCCUGUAGAGACGUUCAAACAGUUUGAGUUGAAGGUGAAGGCAGUCAAAUUCAUUGCAACACUCAUAAGUGUCAUCCCGCAUACAGAGAGACUAGACAAAUGGGCCACAGACUUCAAUGUCCUCUUUUCGAAUUUCAUGGCAGAUCAUGUCCUCUUUUCUGACGGGACGGACACUGGCCGCUUCAUGUCACUAAAAGAAAUAGCCACGGCCAUUAAAAUCCUGGAUGGCAGAUGGGGCCUGAUGUUCUCCAUAUUCUUGAAGCACUGUUCUUCCAUUAGUUAAACAUUCCCCACACGGGACUGAAAAAUGACCAUUGGUUCCAGGAAUGCCGUGACCCCAAAGAAAAGUUUCAGCUUUUCAGGCUGCUGGAGGGAAGUCUAGCCCCUGCUGAGUGGAGAAGUCACCAGAAGGCCAGCAGGUCCCUCUCUCUGCUGUGUCUAGGGCAGGAGAAAGAUGUCAUCACAUCCAAAGAUGUAUUUUGGAGCAAAGUGUGCCUCAUCCUUGACUCCAGAAGAUGCAUUUUUUUUUUUGCAUAUUCCACCAACUAGCAAGGUGAUGAGUAAAAAACUUCAGGCUUCAGUGGACAUAUCCUACUACCUUGCACAGAGUGUCAGGAAUCAGUUCUGGUGCUGGCAGAGACUCAUCCACUUCUUGCUCUCAGCCUGCCAAGAUGCCAUCACAUGUAAAGGUGUACAGUCAUUUCUCUGAAUUCGUGGGGGGACUGUUCCGGGACCCCCUGGGUAUUCAAAAAUUUGUGGUUAUUCAAGUCCCUCCCUCCUUUCCUCCUCCU